GUUGAAAAGAAGAACAGAAUCAUAAUUAAAAAAGGAGAGAGAAAUAUGGGGAGAGGGAGAGUGGAGAUGAAGAGGAUAGAAAACAAAAUCAAUAGACAAGUGACGUUCUCAAAAAGAAGAAAUGGUUUGUUGAAGAAAGCUUAUGAGCUCUCUGUUCUGUGUGAUGCUGAAGUUGCUCUCAUCGUCUUCUCUAGUCGUGGCAAGCUCUAUGAGUUUGGUAGUAUUGGAGUUGAAAGAACAAUUGAACGAUAUCAACGUUGCUACAACUCGUUUAUGAGCAACAGUAGGCCUGAAGAGUCUACUCAGGCAUGCAUAUAUACAUACUUUCGUUUAAACAAAUUGGAGAGGCAACUAGGAGACAUAAACAAACAACUCAAGAUUAAGCUUGAGACCGAAGGUCAUGCUUUCAAAACGUUUCAAGAAUUAUGGCCAAACUCGAGGGCAUCAGUAACUAGCGACCCUAACAAUUCAGAAUUCGCGAUUCAGUCCACUCAUCUGAAUUUAAUGGAUCGCAACAGUGAACCGUUUUUACAAAUAGGGUUCCAACAACAUUAUUAUGUGCAAGGUGAAGGAUCUUUGGUAUCAAAGAGUAAUGUGGCAUGUGAGACCAAUUUCGUCCAAAAUUGGGUUAUUUGA